GUGGCUGGAGUUUACUCAGCUAGAGACAUCAAUUGACUCCUGUGAUCGUUACAGAAAUGCUGGUGUGAGCUCUUCUUUGGAAGACAAUGGGAAGAAAAUGGACAUACUGUGCUGUUUACUCCAUCAUCCAGAUACAGUUUUUCAGGGGAGUAUGGGAAGAAAUAUUCAAGGCAGGAGAAGCCAUAUAUGCUCCACCUGGUUCUGAUGUCAACUUGACCUGCCGAACAAAGGAGAAAGACUUCCUGGUACAGAUGCAGUGGUCCAAGGUCACUGACACAAUUGACCUGAUUGUUGUUUAUCAUCCCCAAUAUGGCUUCCACUGUGCCCCGAGGCACACCUGUGAGUCCCAGGUGGCAUCCAUAGAAACUGGGAAGAAUGUAACAAAAUGGACUCUGCACUUAAGGAAUGUCUCUACCACCUUCAGCGGAAAAUAUGAGUGCAGCUUUACUGUGUAUCCAGGCGGCAUCCAGACUACAGUCCACAGCCUCAUUGUGGCACCUGUUAUACAAGAAGAACGCAACCAUACAAUAGAAACAGAGACGAAUCAAACUCUGGAAAUACCAUGCUUUCAAAAUACCUCCUCAGAAAUUUCACCUGGGUUCACCUUUGAAUGGUUAGUGAAGAAAGAUGGAGUCCAGGAAGUUCUUUUCCCCCACAAUGAUCACAUCAGCAAUUCCACAUCAUUUAAAGGCAGAGUCAAGCUGGGUGCAGACUCUGGACUCCACCUCUCUCCAGUCCAAAUCCAAGAUGAUGGCAAAACAUUCUCUUGCCGCCUGACAGUCAAUCCUCUUAAAAUCUGGAAGACCUCCACUACAGUCAAGGUAUUCGCUAAGCCAGAAAUCCUCCUGAUUGUGGAAAACAGCACCAUGGAUGGCUUAGGACAGAGAGCAUUUACCUGCCUACUGAAGAAUGUCUUCCCCAGAGCAAAUAUCACUUGGUUAAUAGAUGGAAAGUUUCUUCAAGGUGACGAAGAAGGAAUAUUCAUUACAAAUGAUGAGGAAAAUGACAGAAAUGGAUUUCAGGAACUGAAGUCGGUUUUGACAAGGACACAUGGUAAUAGACCUGCUCAUUCAAACAACGUGACAAUUCAGUGUAAGGCUCUGUCCCCAGGCCCCAGAAACAAAAUGUGGAGUACUUCAUCACAAGCCAUCACGCUAUCCUUGGAUUCAGUGACUGUCCCCAUGGAAUAUCUAUCCAGUGUGACGGGAUCUACCCUGGGCACACAAACUUUUCCAGAUGGCAGUGUGUCUCCUACAACAGGAUUUCCAGUUAUGUCUUCAAUGGCCAUUGUAGAUGGAGAUGUGACUACACCAGAUGCAACUCCUCAAGGCAGUAAUUCCAGCACGACUACUCAAGGCUUCAACUAUUCCCAGAUAUCUAGUGAGACAGAUGCCAAAAAUGCAGUUUCAUUGAUACCCAGUGAAAGGCACACUUUAGCCCCCUCAGAGGCAAGCUUGGCUCCUCAUGAUGUCAUCACUAGCACAACCAAAGAAUUUCCAGAUGUCCCUACAACAGCAAGAGGAACAAUUGAAAAUGAGCACAGCCAUAUCACCAAUAUAACCAUUAGUAAGCCCAGAGAUGGAAUGUCCUGGCCUGUGGUUGUAGCAGCCUUGCUCUCUUUCUGCACAAUAUUGUUUGGGCUUGGAGUAAGAAAAUGGUGUCAGUACCAAAAAGAAAUCAUGGAAAGGCCCCCGCCUUUCAAGCCACCACCGCCUCCCAUCAAGUACACGUGCAUUCAAGAACCCCCUGGAUGUGAUCUGCCUUGUCGUGAGAUGGAGGCACUGUGAGCUUCUGAGCUUUGCCACACAGCAGCUGGUUUCUGCAGUCUCGCUGAAAGAUACACUGUUCUGUAUUAACAUCAUCGCCAGCCAGCCAUGCCUCUGCUGCAGCUCAAGUGAAUGCUGGAAAUAAACGAGUUGCUUUCCCAA